AUGCCUAUAAUGGAUCCAGAAACUCGACCAGAAAUUGCUCGAUUACCUACUCAGCCUAUUUCUUCUCAAGAUCGUUAUGAAAUACCAGAUAAUUUUUUAGAAAUUGAAGUUGUAAAUCCCACAACUCAUGGUCUAGCUGGUAGACGAUACACUGAUUAUGAAGUUCGAAUGAAAACUAAUUUACCUGUCUUUCGAUUAAAAGAUUGUUCUGUACGUCGUCGUUAUUCAGACUUUGAUUGGUUGCGCAAAGAACUUGAACGGGAUAGUAAAAUUCUCGUUCCAACAUUACCUGGAAAAGCAUGGGAAAAACAAAUACCUGCAUUUCUUCGCAGUGAUGAUGGUAUAUUUGAUGAUGAUUUUAUUGAAGAUAGACGAAGAGGUCUUGAAGAAUUCAUUAAUAAAGUGGCUGGUCAUCCAUUAGCACAAAAUGAACGUGCGCUUCAUGUUUUUCUUCAAGAAGAAAAAAUUGAUCACAACACGUAUUAUCCAGGCAAAAUGCGCAAUUCGUGA